CAGCGCCCGUUCCCCCGGCCAGCCGCAGACCCGUUGACAGCAGAGGCCCCGCGUGGGGCGACUUCACAGGGUGUCCCACUGGCAGCGAAUUCCGAGCGGACGGCGCUCCCCUGGAUAGAGACGCCCACAGGCGGAGGGGAAGGGCAGAGUCUGGGGGCCGCUUCCGCCAACCGCGAGGAGGAGAGGAGGGGCGGGCUGAUCACGAGAGGCUGGGGCGGGCCGCCCGGCGCCCGACCUCGGCAGAAGGAGGGAGGGAGCCGAGGGGCGAGCGCUGGGGAGCAGCAUGGAGCCCUCGGCCGACUGGCUCGCGACCGCGGCUGCACGGGGUCGCGCCGAGGAGGUGCGGGCGCUGCUCGCGGCGGGGGCGCCGCCCAAUGCGCGGAACCGCCUGGGUCGGAGCCCGAUUCAGGUCAUGAUGAUGGGCAGCACUCGCGUGGCCGAGCUGCUCCUGCUCCACGGCGCGGACCCCAACUGCGCCGAUCCCGCCACCCUCACCCGACCUGUGCACGACGCCGCCCGGGAGGGGUUCCUGGACACGCUGGUGGUGCUGCACCGGGCCGGGGCGAGGCUGGAUGUGCGCGAUGCCUGGGGCCGCCUGCCCGUGGACCUGGCUGAGGAGCGGGGCCACCGCGACGUCGUCCGGUACCUGCGCGCAGCCAUGCGGGGCACCGGAAGUGGUAGCCACGCGGGUACAGAGGGUGCGGAAGGCCCAGCAGACAGCUGGACUUAAAGAAGCAUCAUUGAGAUAUAAGGACACUUCAAUAUUACGUUCAUCUUCAACCAACCACCCCACCCAACUCUUCCCUGCUUUCUUAGUUACCAUAUAUCAAGUAGCACUUUUUAAAUCUGCCUUCCCCUUCCCCUUCAUCUUCAACCAACCACCCCACCCAACUCUUCCCUGCUUUCUUAGUUACCAUAUAUCAAGUAGCGCUUUUUAAAUCUGCUUUGCCCUUCCCCUAAAUUUCCAUUUGUAUUUCCAUUUAUACAUCUCUAUAAAAGAUGAACAAGCAACACUG